CCUUCAUCUUUGCCGUACUGGACGCUUGUGGGCGGUCUCGUACUGAGCGGACGAGCGGCGCCGAUCUCGCCGACAAGUCGAUGAGCUGCUCUAGCAGCCGGUCUGAGCAUGCUUGGCCGUGUCGUGGAGCUCGUAGAAGGGGGCAGCUGCUCUCUUCCUGAGCAAGAGAACGCGCGUCGGCUGGAGCUAUCGAAGCCAGGCUAGGGCGGCGCAGCUACACAUCCGGCGAUGGAUGACGAUGGCCAAGUCAUGACACUGGAGAUCUCUGUUCGGCCUAGCAGCGAUGUGUCCGAUCCACGAAGCGUCGAUGACUUGCGCCACAAGAGAGAUGUCGGCCGGUUCGCGCAGUGGUCAGUGUCAUCUGCCAAACCCGGCUAUGGCGUCCAGCAGCUACUCGAUCCUUCCGUCGAGACACUGUGGCAGAGCGAGGGCCCUCAGCCUCAUCUGAUCAAUAUCCAGUUCAGACGGCGUAUGCCCAUCACUCAAGUCUCGCUCUUUGUAGAUGUCAAUACAGACGACUCGUACACGCCCCACCGUAUCGCGAUACGCGCCGGCUCGUUCUCUGGCGACUUGCAAGAAAUCAAAGUGGUCGAGCUAGAGAGGCCGAGAGGCUGGUCACACCUGAUCAUGGGCGAAGAGGACGACGAAGAGGACCAAGACAGUGCAGACGCAGACCCGGAAAGGGGUGUGAUCCGUGCGCACUACAUCCAGCUUGCGAUACUGGCCAAUCAUCUCAACGGCAAAGACACUCAUGUGCGACAUAUCAAGAUCUUUGCACCCAGAGGACCUGACUGUCUCGAGGAAGACGACCUGGCGCCUUUCACGAGUGCGAUCUUCAAGCAACAUGAGCACAUCCGUUAGGGCACAACAGCAUCGACCUGUCUGAGCGUCUGCCGAUCAUCGGCCACCUCGUUCUCACCUCCGCCUGCAAGCCAGUCCGCUCCCGAGCCAGUCGCUCGGAUGGCAAAGUCGUGAAGCCGCUUGGCACCGUCGAAAGACUUCACGACGGGCGGCGUGCGCGAAGCGUGUGGGAAAGCAUCACCCCACGAGCUCUUCCUGGCAUCGUAGUAUGCCUGUCGACCGGCAGACUUGGCAAUGAUCAUUCGUUCGAUGUGUCCGG